CUCAGUUUCCACUUUUCUUCUGAGUAAUAUCAUAUCUUUCUUCUCAAUUUCCCUUUUGUAAUUUUUUCUCUGCAGAAAUCUCUGUCUCUCUUCGCUCUCUCUCCUCUGAUCCGUCAUGUUUGAUAAUCUCCAGAUUCCAACAUCACUCUCUGCUUCAGAUUUCCAUGUUUUGUUAUAAAAGGGCUCUGAAAUUGCAUCAAGACGCUUAUUUUGUUACACUCUUGAUCAAGUAUGAUUACUCCGGAAUUGGGUGCGCUAAGUUGAGCGUUUGGACUCUUUUAAGCUGGUAUAGUUGGAGGUUCUUGGGGCAGUGCUUUGUGUGCUCUUGUUGUUUGGUUUCUCUUGCAGUCAUUCAAGUCAGCUUAAUGGGUUCCCGAUUCCCAUCCCAUCAGUUGAGCAAUGGCCUUUACGUAUCAGGCCGGCCUGAGCAGCCAAAAGAAAGGCCUCCCACAAUGAGCUCAACAGCCAUGCCCUACACUGGUGGCGAUAUAAAAAAGUCUGGAGAACUUGGAAAAAUGUUUGAUAUUCCUGUGGAUGGCUCCAGGUCAAGAAAAUCUGGACCUAUAAGUAAUGUUCCUUCUAGAACUGGAUCAUUUGGUGGUGCUGCUUCUCAUUCAGGCCAAUUGAUGCCUAAUGCUGUGAAUAGGGUUGGUUCGGUAUCUUCUGGUGGGGUUCCUGGUUCAGCCUCAUUAAAGAAAACCAAUUCUGGGCCUCUCAAUAGACAUGGUGAUCCAGUGAAGAAGUCAUCUGGUCCUCAAGGGGCAACCUCUGUUUCACGGCAAAAUUCUGGCCCUCUUGCUCCUGUCCUCCCCACAACAGGUCUCAUCACAUCUGGGCCUAUUUCUUCGGGGCCACUGAAUUCAUCGGGGGCUCCUCGGAAGGCAUCCGGUCCGUUGGAUUCCACAGGAUCAGUCAAGCUACACAGUACUUCUAUAGUUCAUAAUCAAGCCGUCACUAACCUUAGCCAAGAGGAAGAAUAUUCCUUCCGCAAGAGCUUCCCGAAGCCUAUCCUUUGGUCGAUGAUUCUGCUGUUUGUGAUGGGUUUUAUUGCUGGAGGUUUUAUCCUUGGAGCUGUUCACAAUCCCAUUCUUCUAAUUGUUGUCGUAAUUCUUUUUGGUGCUGUUGCUACAGUAUUUACCUGGAAUACUUGUUGGGGAAGAAGGGCUAUUACCGGGUUUAUUGCCAGUUAUCCAGAUGCUGAGCUUAGAACUGCAAGGGAUGGCCAAUUUGUCAAAGUUUCUGGGGUGGUUACAUGUGGAAAUGUUCCCCUCGAGUCAUCGUUCCAGAAGAUUCCUAGAUGUGUUUAUACAUCUACAAGUUUAUAUGAGUACCGAGGAUGGGACUCAAAAGCAGCCAAUGCCACACAUCGCCGCUUUACUUGGGGUCUCCGAUCACUUGAGAGGCAUGUGGUUGAUUUCUACAUUUCUGACUUCCAGUCUGGGUUGAGGGCAUUGGUUAAGACUGGCUAUGGUGCUAGGGUGACUCCAUAUGUGGAUGAAUCUGUUGUUGUUGACAUCAAUCAGUCAAACAGAGACAUGUCUCCAGAAUUUAUCAGAUGGUUGGGAGAAAGAAACCUCUCAAGUGAUGAUCGUAUAAUGCGAUUAAAAGAAGGGUAUAUCAAGGAAGGUAGCACUGUGAGCGUAAUGGGAGUUGUCCAGCGGAACGAAAAUGUGCUGAUGAUUGUUCCUCCACCAGAGCCAAUCCCCACUGGGUGUCAGUGGGCUAAAUGUAUUCUUCCUGCAAGCCUCGAGGGCAUUGUUUUGAGAUGUGAGGACAGUUCAAAGAUUGAUGUCAUUCCGGUGUAGCAAGCAUUUCGAAGUUCAAAUUCUUGACGGUUUGCUGCUUUGAGAUUAAAUUUGUCGAAUAGUUUUGAUAUGGUGGUGGUGGUGGUGGUGGUGGUGGUGGUGUCAUUUUUCAUUUCACCAGAUGUAUAGUUUUGUGAUUUUUUUCCAUCCUUAUUUUGGCUCAGAAGCUUUUGUAAUGGGGUUGGUGUGAUUAUUAUAGCAAGUGGGAACUUGAUUGGUUAAAUGAGGGGUUUGAGGAUUGGGUUUUAUGUUUAGGAUUGUUUGAAAUGAUUUGAGUAAUUUGUGUUUGUUCUUGUCGAAGGUGGUGGUAUCAAGUAGUCCUCAAGUGCUAAGUGGUUACCGGUUUCAGUUGUUUGAGAUAUGACUGCUUUUGGGCCGUACUCUGAAAUUAACUGUCUCAAAUUUGAUGUGGUUGA